AGUUUAGUGUAGCAAAGUGAGCUGUAGAGUCAAGUUGUUUGCGGUUUAUAUAAUUAUGGAUAACAAUCCAAUUGUUCAAGUGCAACAAGGUAAACUCUGUGGUAUUCGGGAGACAAGUGUCGCUGGAAAUAAUCCGUUCUACGCGUUCCGAGGUAUCCCGUAUGCUAAGUCACCAGUUGGGGAUUUGAGAUUUAAGGAUCCAGAACCAGUGGAACCGUGGUCUGGAGUUAAAGAUGCCAAAGAAUAUGGUGGUAUCUGUGCGCAAUAUGACUGGAGAACGAAACAAAUAGUAGGAAGUGAUGAUUGCCUCUAUUUAAAUGUCUAUACAAGGGAAUUAAAUCCUACGAUACCACGAGCUGUUAUGGUCUGGAUUCACGGAGGCGGCUUUGUUGGUGGUUCCGGAAACGAUGACGUUUAUGGUCCGGAUUAUCUUGUUGAGAAAGAUAUUGUGUUGGUUACAAUAAACUAUCGUCUGGGUAUUUUAGGUUUUCUCAAUUUGGAAGAUGAAUCAGCGCCCGGAAAUCAGGGAUUAAAAGAUCAAGUGAUGGCUUUGAAAUGGAUUCAGCAAAACAUAUCGAAAUUUGGUGGGGAUCACAAUAAUGUUACUAUUUUCGGUGAAAGUGCUGGUGGUGCUGCAGUUCAUUAUUUGACCCUUUGCCCACUAACUCAAGGACUAUUCCACAAAGCGAUUUUACAAAGUGGAGUCGCAACUAAUCCGUGGGCAAGCUCGUCACAUUCCAUGAAAGAAGAAGCAGAAAAAAUAGCCGACACACUCGGGAACAAAGUUACGGAUACGAAAAGACUUAUUGAGUAUUUACAAGGCAUUGACGCAAUUAGUUUAGUCAAAACGUUACAUUCACUCCAAACUUGGAAGCAUCGUCUUUUGAUCUCAAAUCCAUUUUUGCCGUCAGUGGAUUCGAAAUCAAAAAAUCCGUUUUUGAAUGUCCCGCUAAAUGAAGCCGUUAAAUCUGGGAUUAAAGUUCCAACUAUUAUUGGUUACACUAGUCACGAAGGGAUUAUCCUUCUCGCAGAAUUGAAAGAUGAUCAUUAUGCGCAAAUAGAAGCUAACGCAGACGCAUUACUACUGCACCCAAAUGCAAAAAAAUUUUUGAACGAGCGAAAUAUAUCAGUGGGUGAUAUUAAAAACUUUUUCAUGGGUAAUAAGAAAAUAAGCCCUGAAAAUGUAAAAGAAUAUGUAGAUUUGCUCAGUGCGGCACAAUUUUUGAUAAAUAUCCAUCAUAUUCUUGAAAUCCAACCAUCGAUUCCUGGGAUACCGACUUAUGUUUAUAAAUUUGACUACUAUUCCAAAGAAACUUCCAUAAUGCAGAAAGUAUUCGGCGUCGACUGCGAAGGUACUUCGCAUGGGGAAGAAUUAUUUUACUUUUUCUAUCCAAAAAUGUUCAAAGUACUUGGGAUGGAACCGCUGGCUCCCGGUUCAACUGAGUACGAUAUCCAGCAAAGAUUUCUACACCUCUGGACUACUUUCGCCAAAACUGGGAAUCCAAACUCAAAAUCUGACCUAAUUUCCAUCGAUUGGCGACCUAUUGACAACUCAACCGAGUAUACUUGUCUGAAAAUAUCAAAAGAUCUCAGUCUUAUCAAAGAGUCCAGUAUUCUACAUCAAAUAUAUAAACUCGUUAAAAAUAAAUUAUGAGUUACGAUUGUGAUCCCUAUCAAAAGUUCCCGCAGAAUCCACUGCGUGAGUAAAAAUCCACGCGGAAACUAAUAGACGUAUUGGUUCCUAUGCGGCUUUUUACCCCUUCGAGUGAAUUCUAUGGUUAUUUUUAAAUAGGGAAUGGGCAUAUUUGUAUUUUUUCAUAAGAAAUAAAUGAGAUUGCUUAUAAUUU